GAAAUUUAAAGAAAAUUUAACACAAGUUCAAGCAAACAUGCGGAAAGCCAUUGGAGCGUCGCUGUACCGCCUCCAGCCAGAGAAAACGCUGUUUAUGCAAUGCGACAUCCAGGAAAAGUUCAAACCGGCCAUACCGCUGAUGAAUGCGCUCAUAGAAAACACCAAGAAAUUGUUGGCAGCCGGCAAGAUCCUCAACGUGCCCCUGCUGGUCACCGAACAAUAUCCCGAGAGGCUGGGCAAGACAGUCGCCGAGCUGGACAUUCGGCAUGCCUGCGCCAACAUACCAAAGACCAAGUUCAGCAUGAUCGUGGGCCCGAUCAAGAAGAACAUGGCUGAGAUGUUCAGCGGCAAGCCACAGACGGUGGUGCUCUUUGGCAUGGAGACCCACAUUUGCGUGGAGCAAACGGCCUUUGACCUGAUCAACAAUAAGGUGAAUGUGUGGCUGGUCGCCGACUGCUGCGCCUCGCGACUCAAUCAGGAUCGGGACCUGGCGCUGGAGCGUCUGCGGGACAUUGGAUGCGUGAUAGCCAGCUCGGAGAGUGUCAUCUUCAAUCUGCUCAACAGCAAGGAUCACAAAGCGUUCAAGGCGAUCACAGCGCUGGUGCGGAAGGUCUCGGCGGAUAUGCAGAUCGCGGCGCCAAAGAAGUGACCCCAGCGGCGCCUUUCAUGUUUGCUUUAACCAUUAAAUGUUGCAUACUGCG